AUGUCACGUUGUGAUGAGGGUGUGGUCCGGACUCUUUUUGACGAGCAUGGCGGUGACACACUCACUGCGAAGGACAUUUUAGAUGUGAUGGAUUCGUACACAGCCAAAUGUGGUGCCCCUAUUGUAGAUGGUGAGGUCGCCUUGCAGAUCACUACAUUUGCACGCGAAAACAGCUCGCUUGCGAUUGGUGUAGACGAGUUUCUCAGCAUGAUACGCUCGCUAGAGAAUGAGACGGAUUCAUCCACUGAUGAUGGAUCAAAUGCAUCCCUUUUUGAGGGAAAACAGGGCAGUGCGACGCCAGAUACGACACUUGACUCCGUGGCGCCAGAGAGCCCUGCCAAGCAUCGUAGCGCCUUUGCGCCGCGUACGCCUAUGCCGCUACCAGCGUCAACAAGUCGCAUAAUUUCUAAGGUGCCCGUGACAAGCUCCGAACCUGAUGUGGCAGGCAUUACGGCCCGCUCAGCUCUGAUUCGCAAACUCGCGCGUGUGAAUGAGCAAUUGGAUCGACUACAUUCGGAUCACCAGAUCCUUUCGCACGAAAAGAAGCUGAGUGACGCCACAUGCACUUCACUACAGCGCGAGAUCUAUGGCCUCCGUCGCGAUCUCGAACAGGCUCACUCACACGGAUUCACGCUUGAAAGUCGUGUCCACGAGCUGGAAGCGUCUAUCACACAGAUUAAAGAAGACCGUGAUACACAAAGGCGCUCCGCCCGACAGCUCGAUACUCACCUACAGCAGCAGAUGGCGUCAUUUUCCGACCUCGAAAAGCAAGAGGCCGAACAUGUCGCACAACUCACGUCCUUGCAGGCGACGUGCCAAGCUUACGUCACCGACUUGCAUGGUCUUCGAGCUACGUGUGAUGCUCAGCGCGAGGCUAUUUCCGGCCUCGAAGGCAUAAUUCAUGCACUGGAACGCGUGCACUCAGAUGCCGAGCAACUGCAACAGGAGGUGGACCAUUCGCGUAAGAUCCACGAACAACUAGAGCAGGAACUUCGUGCUCUGCACGACGUGUCGGAGCAACCAGGACCUGUUCUGGCCGAGGACUUGGCGCCCUUCGGCGAAUGGACAUCCUCGCCAGAAGAGCCCGUCUCGGAUGUGCAUGAUCACGUCGCGCCCACCCCAUCGACUGCCCCUGCACCAGACUCGCCGACAGGGACUUUGACCCACGCUGCUGAAGCUCAAACAGCUCAUAAUAGCACGCAUGAUACCCCCCCUGCACGUCUGUUGUGGAGCUUGAUGGUCCAUUUACUCCUCGUCACGACCGGUAUUUGGCUGGGUUUGUGGAUCUACCACUUUUCUAUGCUCAUCAUGCCGGCCCACGUAUAUCAGCAGCUGCUGGAUAAGCGUUGGUUCGAGGCGAAUAUGCUGGAUGACGCUCUCCAAACACCACUGUCCACGACUCUUUGGCAGGAACACUACGUGUCUCGAUUCUCGUAG